AUGAUGAUGUAGUCUCCUCGUGCGUGCGACUGGCGCAGGUUCACUCGCUAGGUAAAGCAAUAUUAUUAUUUUUCACGUGAAACAGUGCGUUUGGCGCCGUCCAUAUUACUAUCACAGUUGUAUUUGGCGGGCUCGUUCGAUGUUUGCGCGUUUCGCGUCGUUGGUCGUAACACAUUAAUACAUUAUCGUAAACGUUGUUAUAAUAUUGUUAAAGGUACGCACGACGUUUGACCACUGACAUGUAACAUAAUAUACGACGGUCGACAAUAUGAAAGCUGACAUUGGAAUACAUUUUAUUAUCGCAAUAUUCAUUUUGUUCGAGUCGUGGACCACUGCUAUUGACAUUCCUUAUGAAGAUCUCAGCAACCCAUAUAAGUUCUGCCCACCACGGUCCAGUUGUGCGAGAGUUGACCAGAAAGCUGCAGCCUCGGAGGUGAUAGAUAAUUACGAUGGAAUUGGCGGACUACGGCGAAACUGCCUGUGUGACGACCGUUGCGGCGAGUACGGCGAUUGUUGCACCGACUCCACGCACUUUGAUCCAGUGGAACAGCAGAGCUCCGCUGCUCGAUACGGUUGCGUGCUUACCGAAGAUAGCGGUGGUGGCACGUACGUCGUGAACAGGUGUCCGGCCACGUGGACGAACACGCGGGUGCGGGACGCUUGCCAUGCGGCCGCCGUAGAUAGGGACAGCAUGCUCGGUAAUCCCGUGACCAGCCGGGCGACGGGACACGCUUACCGGAACCGGUUCUGCGCCGUGUGCAACGGCGAUGCGGCCGACCCGAUCCUUUGGGACACGCGGAUCGUUUGCAAUACACUUCUCGGCGUGGCCGCGGACGCCGAACAAGCGGUGCUCGACACGCUCAGGUACGACGCGACCGCUGGCAAGUGGGAGGUCAAGUACAUCGGUGACACGUACAAUUGCGACCAAAUUGUAGUGCCACCGGCCACGACCCGCAUCCGAAAGUGUCUACCGAACGCCGUGGUCACGUGUCAUCCCCAGUGGCCGAACAACGAGAUCCGGUCAAACUGCGAGGCGUACACAACAGUGAUGUAUUACGACAGUCUGCCGUACAAGAACAUACACUGCGCCAUAUGCAACCACGUGCUCGUGCAGAACGUUACGUGUCAGACGAUUAGUAUUCACGUGAGGUUUCCCAACCAAUUUGCGGUGCGCAGCUUCACCGCGUUAUUCGUCGCGCAGCCCGGUCACCGCGAGUGCCGCGGCCCAGACAUGUUUUACGACCCGUUCAACAAGACAUGCCAGUCCCUGCGGACGUCUGUGGCUGACGACGGCGUGCUGCUCAACUGUUCCGUCGUGGCCAUGUACUCGGCCCCGCCUGAAGGCUGGCGACCACCCAACGCCGAAGCCGAGUACGUUACGCUAGAAAACGGCACGAUGGCUGUGUGCGCGGACGCCAAUCGUCCGGCAACCGCCGAGACGCUCAGGUAUGUGGUUCUCACUUACGUGGGCCUGGGCGUGUCCGCGGUGUUGCUAAUCGUGCACCUGGCCGUGUUCGCCGUGCUUCCCGAGAUGAAGAACCUGUCCGGCAAGAACCUGGCGUCAUUUUGUGUGUCACUCUUGGGCUCGUACGCGGCGUUCCUCGUCGGCAACUGGUUGACAGGUCCCGCGUGCUACGCCGGCGCCGCCUUCACCUAUUACGCUUUCCUCACGUCGUUUGCGUGGAUGUUGGUGAUGAGUUUCGACUGCUGGCGCUCACUGCGCCUGGCCACCGUCGAGCUGCGCGUCACCAGUGGCCGGCAGACGAAAAAGUUCCUCGUCUACUCGGCUGUCUGCUGGCUGGUGCCGGCCAUGAUGACGUUUGUGGCGGUGGCCGCGGACGUUGUGCCCGCCGUGCCCAAAGACGUCCGUCCCCGGUUUGGAGACGACCAGUGCUGGUUCGGCAGCAAGACCGCACUGUUGCUGUUCUUUGCCGGCCCACUGACCACCAUCAUGGCCGUAAACGUCGUGCUGUUCGGCUGGACUGCGUACAUGAUCCACUCGAGCCGGGCCACCGUCCGUCACAUCAACACGCGCCACGUGCGCCGCGACUUCCGCAUGUACUGCCGUCUCGGCGUACUCAUGGGUCUGACGUGGUCCACCGGCAUAGUGGCCAGCUACACGGACGCCAAGUACAUGUGGAUGGUGUUCGUUGUCCUCAACACGUUCCAGGGCCUGUUCGUGUUCAUUGCGUUCACGUGCCGCCGCCGCAUACUGGACUCGCUUGUCCGCGGCGUCGGUGGCGGCAACCUCGGCCUCGGCCACCUGUCUCACGAAAAGUCCAAGGACGGCGACAAGCACUCCCGCGGCCCGCCCCCGUCAUCGUUCUCCUGGUCGUCCAGCGACAACGGCACGCCAAUAAGUUCGGAGAAAACGACGGACACCCUAUACUGAUCCGGCUCGCUUGUCUCGCGCGUUCGAUUUUAUUGCUCCGAACACGAAUCAAAACACAACCCGAAGACUGAACGAUGAUUCGCUGUCGGCCGAUGAUAAUGAUGAAUACACAAAUAUGUCAUGUUCAUGUACAGUGUCGAUGGACACGCUAACCCUCCCAAGAUCUGUUUUAUUGAUUUGUAUUUUUACAUUUCUUACCCGUAUGUCAUUUGUACGCAUUUGCGUGCUCGCGUAACGAUUCUUUAUGUGAUACGCGUUCACCGUCAUUUGUACGCGCGUAUUAUAUUGUAUAAUUUUUCGAUUUCGAUAGGUUUACGAAUCAGCUUAUAUAAAUAAUGAAUGUGCACACUUAAAUUUUUGCAUAAUUAUGCUACUUAAAUUAAUUUGUAGGUAUACGCAUUAUAUUGACAUUUUGUAUGUAAAUUAUAUUCCUAACGUAUAUUACGAUUAAUUCAAUCACGUAUAGUUUGUACAGUUUAUUAUUUAUUAUUAUUUUGAUAUAAUUAAAAUGUUAUUGACAUAGUA